AUGGCGGCUGCCUUGGGUUUAACGCGACAGUUUAAUCGAAUUUCUUCUUGUGCUUUACCUCAUCGCUUGUCACAAAUCAGGUACUUGCAUAGUGAGCGCUUACUGCAUAAAUUUGGUACUCCUCGAUUACCUCUGAAGGCGCGUACAAUUCAACAAAAUUUUCAAAAAGGUAAGCGUGCACGUGGAAAAAUCAAGCUCAUCAUGUUAUUCUGAUGGUAACCUGUCAUCUCAGAAAAAUGUAUUUUUCACCACAAUUCAUAAAUUUUAUAGGAGAAUACGGGGAUUUAUCUGAUUUGUUAGCAAUAUCUUUGUAGUGGUGUUUUUUUAUUGUGAUUAAUUUUUGCUCUAAAUGCACGAUCAUCAUAGCAUGCAUUAACAUGAACAAUUAGCAGAUAGAGAAAAUAGACCAUUAAACUAGGUAAAAUUAGUUAUAGCUAAAUUUUAUUUGGACGUACAACAUAGUUAUUGGUGAUUAAGUAUGCCUUCUUCCACUCAUGGUGGCCUGGGUUCGAAUCUUUGAGAUGAUGCCACAUAUGGGUUGAGUUUGUUGGUGGUUCUCUUCCUUGCUCAGAGUUUUCUCUCUACUCUAAAACCAACAUUUUGAAUUUUCAAAUUCCUAUUUGAUCCAGAAAGGUACACACAGGUCGGAACCCUCUUAAUCAAUAUGCUUCCACUAAACUGUUAUUUGUUUAUUUUUAUUAUAUAAACACCAAUGAAAUACCAGGUGAGCUUUUGCACGAAAACUUGAUAUCUUCACAUGUGAAAAUAACAUGUUAUCCUCACAUGUGAAAAUAUCACCGUUGCUAUGGCUACAUAAUAAAUCGCACCUUUUAGACCAAAAAACUAUUAAAGUGAAAUGGUUUGGUAGUUCAUUGGUGCUUAUAUAAUAAAAUUAAUAGAACAUUACAUGGCCGCUUGGAGAUACGAAAUUUCUUUUCGAGUGUUGAAAAAUAUUUCACAAGUGAUCACAGCGAACGAGUGAAAUACUUUUCAACACUCGAAGAGAAAUUUUGUAUCUCCACACGGCCAUGUAAUAUCCUCUAUAUUUAUUUUUAUUUUCUAUUUAUUCAUAAGAUGCAUAUUCACCUGUAUAUUUAUUCAUUAGAUAUUUUGCUUACUUAUAUUUUUACAGCUCAUCAAGAUUUCAAAGCAAGGAGCUAUCCAAGAAUUUUUUGUAGAGCCUUAUCAGAUAAUUCAACUGAUAAGGAUCAUUUAUCCAAGGUAGUAAUAUAUGGGAGGUUGUCUCUCUCUAAAAGAAUAACGUUAAACUGUCCAAAUAUUUACUGUUAGGUUGACUACUUACUUUAUUUUCUUGUGAUACCGAUAUCAUCUGGUAUGCAAUAAAAGACAUAUUUUAGGCUUUUACUUCCCUUGGAAAUACAGGAUAUCUCUGCAUGUUGUUGUAGGCAAAAGAUGUAUCAACUAUUAAUGCGUUAACCCUUUUAACUCACAGGCAAAUACUUAAAAAUAACAUUGAAUGAAUUAUUAAAAGAUCAAAACAAUUUUCUUGACAAUCAUUUUAGCAUUUCUCAUUUCAUUUAAUCUUAUUUGCACAUUGCUCUUGUUAGAAGAAAGUAAUUUAUUGAUCUUCAUACCUGCCAACUCUCCCGGUUUUCCUAGGAGUAUCCAAGUUCUUCAUCAAAUCUCCCAGUCUCCCAGUUAGAGCCCAAAAUCUCCCAGGAAAUACCUACUGCAGCCUUUUUUCAAAAUUUGUUCAUUAAUUUCACUAUUUUUGAAAAGGAAAAUAAAUCAAGAAGUGGUGAGUUGGGCUCCCUCUAUAAAUAUUAUUAUUAUUAUUAUUAUUAGUGCUCUUAUUUGAGCUGUUCUUGAUCAGAAAAUGUAAAACAGAGCAAUCAAAUAAAUUUUUAUUGAUAUAUAUUUAACAAGUAUUGUAAUUGGUCAGAAAUCAACCAAUCAAAUUGCACAAUACAUGGUAGAAAGUUGGUGUGGUUUUCGCCCUCUGUUAUUGAUGUUGGGAACAUUCAGAAGGCCUCUGGGUGAUUUUUGGAGAGUAUUCAGACAUCGUUGAAAAUGACAUUCUUACAAUGCAAAGAUUUCUAGACGUCUCCAGAUUUUUGUACUCUGGGGGAGUUGGCAGGUAUGGAUGUUGGUCACUCCUGUAACUUAAAGAUUUUUAUAUUUCUGUGAUUCUCUUUAUGUGAGAAAAGGUGUUGCUAGAGUGGGACUACUUUUCUCUUGUUUGCAUCCAUGGUCUUAAACUUUCCUGUUGGAUCUAUUUACAAUCUUAGGAUGAGGCUUUUGAAGAAGACGACACUGUGCAUGUUAUCACAGACAAGGAAAAAGUUGUGGGUAUGUUUAGUUUUUGAAAAACACAUUGGUUUUCAGUUGUAUAUUAUUUUGUUUGUUGGUUACCUUUGGAAAUCUAAUAGUUUUUUUUUAAUAAGAAGUAAGGAUAACCUUCAGUUACAUAUUUAAAAUAUAGCAGUACUUUUGCAUUCCUUACUUCGAAUGAUAUUAUAGAGUAGUGAGCAAUAAGUAGUCUGAAUGGGUGUUUGAGUUAGGGUAGUUAUUUCUGUUUAUCUGUCAAAAUGUAUUAUCUUGUUGUUAGAAUGCAUCUUACAUGAGAAGUUUUUGGUGAUGUUUUUUUAUGCCUUGCUAUUCUUUUAUGAAUAGUCUUCAAAGAAGAAAAAAACCUUUGUUUCUUUUUUCUUCAUGUUACCAUCAGGUGAAUCUCAAAAACAUGAAUUUCAGGCAGAAACAAGACAGCUGUUGGAUAUUGUAGCCAGAACGCUUUACUCAGAAAAAGAGGUACUGGUACUUACUAUGAUGAAUAAGGCUACACAUCAAUAUAUAUAAAUUAUUUCAAAAACUACGUAGUAAUAAAUGUUUGGGAAAAGAUAAGAAUGCAUGUAACCUUUAACUACUACUAGUAUGUCCUUUAAAUUGAGAUCAUUCUCACAUGUAAGUUUUGCACUCACAGUUAACAGACAGAUGUGCUGAUAAUUUUCUGGAAGAAUACAUUGGAUUUUUUCAGAAUCUGAGCUUUAUUCAGGGUUUUCCUUCACUCUCUUCAGUUGUCAGUUGUUCAGGUAAACAACUUGGCACAUGCUCUUCUAAGAAGGAAUCCUUCUGGAUUACAGCUGGUUUAUACUAAAGAAGCUUACAGAAAGCAGAAAAAGCUCUGCGUUGUUGUUGGACAUGCUAAGCACCUACAUGUGUCACCAAAACAAGACUAAAAAUAAUCUCCAUAAUUCUUAUCUCAGGUUUUCAUUCGUGAGGUGAUAUCUAAUGCAUCAGAUGCCCUAGAAAAACUACAGUACCAGUUCAUGACUGGAAAAGAUGUUGCAGAAAAUGAGCUUCCUCUUGAAAUUAACAUUGCCACAGAUCAGGAGAAAGGAACUCUGACAAUUAAGGAUCAUGGAAUAGGAAUGACUGAACAAGAGUUAGUUGAUAACUUAGGUACUAUCGCCAGGUCUGGCUCAAAAGCUUUCCUUGACGAACUUAGUAAACUAGGGAAAGGCGAUUCACGAGAAAAGAGCAUCAUUGGACAGUUUGGUGUAGGAUUCUAUUCCACGUUCAUGGUUGCUGAUAGAGUUGAUGUGUACACGCGUUCUUAUAUUCCUGGCAGCAGAGGUCUUCUGUGGACUUCAGAUGGGUAAGAGUUCUUAUUUUCAGUGUACUAGUAAUGACAAGUUUUUAACCUGCAAGUAAGCUUUCGUGGCAAACUCUUGGCUCAGUUGGGAACAGCUGUAGGGCCAAGUGAAAAAUAAAGAAAACAAAAGAGGGCUUUCUUGCUGAGUAUUAUUGGUGGCCUGACAUGGAAGGGGGAAAGGUUGGUUUGGAAGAAAAGGACUGGUUUUUCAGAAAAAAAGGAUAAAAAUUAAUGUAAGUAGAAAUUGCAUUGAGUUGAUUGCUGUUAUUCUUAUACAUUCUACAUCUAUGUUUUGUGUCUUAGCCCCAAUUCAUGAAUAAUUAGGGCUAGGAGACAAAGGAAAUAGAUAAUCAAUCUAGGUUUAAAAAUUUUCACCGGAAUUUAAAUUUGACCUGUAGCAUCUAAAUCUACAGCUAUAGAAUCUACAUCUACUUAUACAGUUUUACUUGGCAAAGGUUAUCCAUGGCAGUAAGAUAUUCAUCUAAUUCUUAAAAAUAUUUUUGUCUUAAGCUCUGGUUCAUAUGAGAUUGCUGAGGCAGAAAAUGUUUCUCGUGGAACAAAGAUUGUUAUACACCUGAAAGAAGACCACAGAAAUUUUUCUCUUAACACAGCAGUUGAAGGUCAGUUAUAUACUACAAUGCCUUCUGAUGUUUUAAAUGUAAUUUAUAGUAAUUAACGUGUGUUUCAGUUUGUGACACAGGAGACCAGAAAGAAAGCUGAUCGAGUUUUCUCAACAGGAGUCAAAUCUUUGAUUUUCUGGUUGCUAGUCCAGGUGCUCUACAACUGAGCUACAGGAGACUAACUUGUGUUUGUUGGUUCAUUUGUUGCAGAUACUAUUAAGAAAUACAGUAAUUUUGUGGGCUUCCCAAUUUACUUGGAUGGCAUGUGUAUAAACACAAUUCAGGUUGAUAUCAUAUAGUUGUAUGGCAGCUCUACUGAAAUUUGUAGAAAAAUAUUCUUUCCCUGUGACGUAUUUUUUCCUAGAGUGCUUGUUUACUUUUUCUUACUGGCGGUAAUUCUCCUUUUUUUCAGCCAUUAUGGUUAUUGGAUCCUAAAAGCAUAACUCAAGAGGAACAUGAGGUCAGUUACGAUGUAACAUGUUACCAUAGAAACAUAUCAAAUUUUCACUUGAACUGAAUUUGUUUAAGCCUCUCAUUCAAAUCCUUUGGCUCUUUACAUCAGGUUUUUGAUAAGAAGAAACAAGAUUUGCCAGGGAUUCUAAACCUGAUAAGUUUCAAGAGUCACAUCUUCUUUCAUAGCCUUUAUGUCAAGGCCCAGUUGUUCCAAGGCCAAUUAGAGCCAACCUGGGGUUAAAUCUUAAUCUGGGUUUCGUUUUCUUUUGUUCGAGAGAAUGUUCUCCAAUAAUUUUCUCUAUUCCAUUUAGAGCAUCCUUAAAUCAAAUUAUAGACAAAUAGCAUUGAACUGAAUUUGCUUUUUAAGCUUUCAUAACUGAAUUCAAAUUUCACACUUAUCUGGGUUGAACAACCCGGCCCUGUACCAUGGCCACUGAACACAAAAUACGGGUAAUAUUGAAAGAAGAAGGCAAAAUACAACAGUUGAACACAACAACUUUACUAGUUUACACAAGGGGAAAGAUAAACGUUUGCUUUUAUGACUUUGAUCUGUCUUUCAUUCCAUUUUUUUCAAUAGGAAUUUUAUCAGUUCAUUGGCAAGACAUAUGACAAGCCAAGAUACAUUCUACACUACAAGACAGAUGCACCUUUGAAUAUUCGCAGUAUAUUUUACAUCCCAGAUACUCUUCCACAGUUGUUUACAGUGCAACACAUGGAACAUGGCGUGUCUCUUUACAGCAGGAAAGUUCUAAUCCAAUCCAAAGCUCACAAGGUUCUGCCAAACUGGCUUCGUUUUGUAAAAGGAGUUGUGGACAGUGAAGAUAUCCCACUAAAUCUAAGUCGAGAGCUGCUUCAAGAUAGUGCUCUAAUCAAGAAACUUAGUGACGUACUGUCAGCAAGAAUUAUCAAAUUUUUGCUGGAGCAACAAAAGAAGGAUAGAGUUAAAUAUGAAAAGUUUUUUAAAGAUUGUGGAAUUUUCUUCCGUGAAGGGAUUGUUAGUGCUGAAAGUGAUGAGCAGAAACAGGAUAUAGCAAAGCUUCUUCUGUUUGAAUCAUCGAACGAGAAGUCUGGUGUGCUUACGUCACUACCAUCAUAUGUAUCAAGAAUGAAACCCGCACAGAAGAAUAUCUAUUAUUUGUGUGCUCCAAGGUAUAACUCUCUUUCUUGUGAGUUCAUUACCACGUCUCUAUUUUUGGAGUUAUUGCACAGUACUGUACUUCAAAAACAUCCAGGGCCGAAUAUAAAGCGUUUUCACUCAUGUGACCAUAACCAAAUUUAUUGCGAUAAAAGAAAGCAGUUAGGUAAAAAAGAGUUCAAUUCCCACACUACUAACCUGUGUACAGACCCCCCUCCCCUCAGUAAAAGUCGGAGAAUCCGAGUUUUACUGAGGGGAGGGGGGUCUGUACACAGGGUACACAGUACCGGUUUGGGACACCAGCAUAAAGGCGCUGCAUAUUGUUUUGGUACACCGACAUGUGAAAGGUUCUAUUGUACAACUUACAAAAGUCAAUGGUUUUGGGAAGUGAGUUAGAUUUUAUACCUAAGUGGUGAGACUGUAAGAUAUACGCCAGGAUAACUUAGUACGUUUUUCUAAUCGGGGGAUGUCCUUUGUUAGAGCUUCUCAUUGCUCUCCCCAACAUUCCACACCUCGUUUUUGACUCGUAAAAUUUUGAAACAUAUUGGCCAGCGCCUUGCACUAAAUAUUUUAGGGCUAAAUCGGUCAAUCAUUUUUUCUCCCUCCCUCUUUCAGUCGCGAAGUGGCAGAAACAUCUCCUUACUACGAAGCUUUGAAGAAAGAUGAUGUAGAGGUUGGUUUGAAUAUGAGUCGAUACAAUAUUACAAUAAUUAUUACAAUUACUUAUUUUUGCCGAGAUCUGCGUAUGCAAGAUUUGUGUUUUGCUUACAUUGUAAGGCCUCUAAGCAAUACAUUGUUUAUUGUUACUCUAGGUUUUGUUCACGUAUAAUGAACAAGAUGACGUAACACUGCAUUAUUUAAAGACUUUUGACAAGAAGAAUAUCAUGGCUGCAGAGAAUUACUUCUCAGUUGACAGAGAAUCUUCACCCACUGAACCAACGGACGAUACCACUCAAACACAAGACGCAUCAGGUGUGUAUCAUGUCUUGUAAAAGAAAUAGACUUAUAACCGUUUUUCUGUCGGGUUUUAAAUAGGUCACAUUUGUAUUAUGAGAACUGAUUUCAUUCCUCAACAGAAUCUCUGACGGAGGAACAAGCUACGGAAUUGGCCAACUGGAUCAGUAUUAUACUGGGGAAACAGAAAGUCUCAGCUGUUAAGGUUAGUGUUGAUAUGAUUAAGGAUGUAUGUAGCAGGGUGAAACCAUGGGAACACCCGGGUGGGAACAUGAAGCCUUACCAUCCCAUGGUCAUUAUCACUAAUGUGAAGGAACUUUGUGUAGUAAAAGAGAGCAUUAAAAACUGUUCUUUCUUACAUGUGUUGGAAAACAACAGAAUUAACAACAAAAUUAACCGAAGCAAUCGGGAUUUGAAGCGAAUCCGCAACACCAAGAAAUAAAUAAGUAUUCGAAGGUUUUUAAAGUCAGUUGCAAAGCUCAAAAAGGCAGAAAUAUUGCAAGCAAAGAGAAUUCUUAGAACACAGAUGAAUACGACUAUAACAUGAGCGCUCAUUGUCAACAUUUUGAUUUGAUAUGUUAGGUUUCCAAGCACUUAAGUCAGACAAGCCACCCAGUGAUGGUGACUGUACCAGACAUGGUGGCCGCUAAACACUGGCUUAAAGUCAUGAGAGCUGAGCAGUUCCAGGACAUUGACAAUGCAAAGUAUCAGAUAUUUCAACCUACGCUGGAAAUAAACCCAAGGUAUUUUCAUCAGCUUUGAUUUAUCUUGGGUAGUUGGUAGAGCUUUUUUUAAUCAAGUACAAUGAAGUGAUUGUCGUUUUUUGCAUGUCUUGCUACCCGGCUGCUUUAGUUUAUGCUUUUUCACUGAGUAGCGUCUUCAUCUUGUCCGGUUGGAUACUGUACUGUACGUUUAAACGUGCAGAAGAAAUUCAGCUUUCAUAUUCUUACGUUUAAUAGGUGACAAAAUUAUUUGUGUUUUUUAGUUGCUGCAGAGGAGGAACCACUGUCCUUAGGACAAAUCGUUGAUGUCGUGUUUCAAUAAUUAUUGUUCAUUUAGCGGCUUCUUUCCAGUCACUUAGCGACAUUACGACUUUAAAAAGAUUAAAUGGAGAUCUCUCUGUCUAAGUAGCACAUAAGCUUAGUAAGGACCAAACAACAAUGUGGUGAUGUUUUCUAUUUCAGCCAUGAAUUAAUCAGAAAUUUAGAAGAGGUUCGGUCAGUCAAUACAGAUUUAGCUGUGCUGGUUGUUAAUCAGGUCAGUCUUACAGUAUUAAUGGUAAUACGCGCUCUUUUGAUUAGGGUGACUUCGGAGUUUGAUUACAAAUUGCUCGUGAAAAGCUCCAUGUUGUUGUAAAAGCUACUGUCCCUUAACCUUUUCCUCAAAGAAAGCCAAAAGAACUAAACUCAGGGAAUGUGAGACGGCGGGUUAGGUCCAGUCUCGUGGCAGCAGGUUCGGUACACCCUCUCUGUGUGUGCUUUACGCUUGGCUCGCAGAGGAGGAACCUUUCGAGGUCUUAUUAUUGCUGGCGGUCCGAGCACCCGCCUUUUGUCAGGGCACGUGAAGUGGAAAUGGCUUGCCGCACAUGAUUUCUCGAUCCAACUUGAUUUUUGUUUGUGUGUUUGUUUUUUUUUUUUCGCCAAGCAAUAGAGAUAGAUCAUGUAUAACUAUUUCUAAACAAUGUGUUUUGCACAACAUGAUAUUUGGCAAGUGAACAAGUAAGCAACCUUACUUUUCCGUAGGGCUUAGGCACUAUGGUUUUAUCUUUCAAAGUGAUUAAAAUUGCAUAUGACGACUAAUUUUUUUUUGCAGCUCUUUGAUAAUGCCAUGAUGUCUGCAGGACUGCUGUAUGACCCGCGUAGCAUGGUGGGAAGACUGAAUACGCUUUUAACUAAAGCCCUGGACUCUUCGAAACGUUAG